AUGAGCAUGUAUGCAGACAUCAUGAGCAUGCAUGCAGUCAUCAUGAGCAUGUAUGCAGACAUCAUGAGCAUGCAUGCAGUCAUCAUGAGCAUGUAUGCAGUCAUCAUGAGCAUGUAUGCAGUCACCAUGAGUAUGUAUGCAGUCACCAUGAGUAUGUAUGCAGUCACCAUGAGUAUGUAUGCAGUCACCAUGAGUAUGUAUGCAGUCACCAUGAGUAUGUAUGCAGUCACCAUGAGUAUGUAUGCAGUCACCAUGAGUAUGUAUGCAGUCACCAUGAGUAUGUAUGCAGUCACCAUGAGUAUGUAUGCAGUCACCAUGAGUAUGUAUGCAGUCACCAUGAGUAUGUAUGCAGUCACCAUGAGUAUGUAUGCAGUCACCAUGAGUAUGUAUGCAGUCACCAUGAGUAUGUAUGCAGUCACCAUGAGUAUGUAUGCAGUCACCAUGAGUAUGUAUGCAGUCACCAUGAGUAUGUAUGCAGUCACCAUGAGUAUGUAUGCAGUCACCAUGAGUAUGUAUGCAGUCACCAUGAGUAUGUAUGCAGUCACCAUGAGUAUGUAUGCAGUCACCAUGAGUAUGUAUGCAGUCACCAUGAGUAUGUAUGCAGUCACCAUGAGUAUGUAUGCAGUCACCAUGAGUAUGUAUGCAGUCACCAUGAGUAUGUAUGCAGUCACCAUGAGUAUGUAUGCAGUCACCAUGAGUAUGUAUGCAGUCACCAUGAGUAUGUAUGCAGUCACCAUGAGUAUGUAUGCAGUCACCAUGAGUAUGUAUGCAGUCACCAUGAGUAUGUAUGCAGUCACCAUGAGUAUGUAUGCAGUCACCAUGAGUAUGUAUGCAGUCACCAUGAGUAUGUAUGCAGUCACCAUGAGUAUGUAUGCAGUCACCAUGAGUAUGUAUGCAGUCACCAUGAGUAUGUAUGCAGUCACCAUGAGUAUGUAUGCAGUCACCAUGAGUAUGUAUGCAGUCACCAUGAGUAUGUAUGCAGUCACCAUGAGUAUGUAUGCAGUCAUCAUGAGCAUGUAUGCAGUCAUCAUGGGUAUGUAUGCAGUCACCAUGAGUAUGUAUGCAGUCACCAUGAGCACGUAUGCAGUCACCAUGAGCAUGUAUGCAGUCACCAUGAGCAUGUAUGCAGUCAUCAUGAGCAUGUAUGCAGUCAUCAUGAGCAUGUAUGCAGUCAUCAUGAGGAUGUACGCAGUCAUCAUGAGCAUGUAUGCUGUCAUCAUGAGGAUGUACGCAGUCAUCAUGAGGAUGUACGCAGUCAUCAUGAGCAUGUAUGCAGUCAUCAUGAGCAUGUAUGCAGUCAUCAUGAGGAUGUACGCAGUCAUCAUGAGCAUGUAUGCUGUCAUCAUGAGGAUGUAUGCAGUCAUCAUGAGCAUGUAUGCAGUCACCAUGAGUACGGGUGACUGCCAUGCCCCUGUCGCCCUACCUUUAGCCAACCAGUUCCCGCCCUACCUACCCUACACCCACCGCAACUUCUUCUUCCACGGGACCAUCAUCCCGCCCGAGGCCAACCACACCUACCUUGGCAACGCCUUUGAGCAUUGUCUGCUCAACGCAUCCCGGGCGCCUGGAGACUACUUGGAGCAGAGGAGUGCAGAGGAGUGUGGUGCGUUCUGUGGGGUUUCUGUUGGGGAUUGCCAACCCCUGUGUAGCGGGCAUGGCAUGUGCUCCUUCAGUGAGUCUGUGCAGGAAUCAGUAUACACCUGCGAUAGCAACUUUGACAACCAGGCUGGACUGCCCUUGUGCUCCUACAGUGGUGUGUAUACACAAACAACAGCAGUCUCCCUGGCAGGUGCAGCAGCGCAACCAUUCAAUGGCACCAUCAUCCUCACGCCCCCCACCAGCAACACGUCAGGAGCAGCACAGUGCAGCGCCCAUCUGCCUCUUCCUUUUGAUCGAAAACCCUGGCCCGUGUAG